AUGGAUGCUCAACGAAAGACUUUCUCUGAAGUUGUAAGCAUCGUCAAGUCAUGGAUUUCUUGGCCAUCUCAAUCUGAGCAGGCAAAUGUGUCUAGGGUUUAUUGGAUGCCCGACAAGAUAUGUACAGUAUGCUACGGGUGUGAUUGCCCAUUCACCUUAUUUAAUCGUAGGCACCAUUGUCGUCACUGUGGAAAAAUUUUCUGCGCCCACUGUGCUGCAAACUCAGUUCCUGCCCCAUCUAGCGAUCAAAGGAAUAGAGUUCGGGUAUGUGAUUUUUGUUACAAGCAAUGGGAGCAGGGCUUAGCUAGUUGUAAUUGCACUAAUCAGGUCCCAAAUCUAGAUCAUAGUUUUUCACUAUCAGUUUCAAGCUUUAGCAGUACUAAAUCCAUUGUCACUGCUAAUAGCAGUAACAAUACUGUUUGCUCCCUUCCUGUUUCCAUUGGUUAUUAUCAACCGGGGCAACAAGGUAUGAGCCUACAUCGAUCAUCUGUGAAGGUCAAAGGCCUCGAUAGGGAAAUUUUAUCAGCCCUUAGAAGGGAUCUUGCGGCAAGCCUAGGGGACUCAUCGUUAAACCAAUACGAAUACUCAAUGGAAAGGAGUGGUGAUGAUGAGGAUGAUUAUGCUGUAUAUCGGUCAGCUUCUGAAAUGACGCAUUACUCUGAAGUCAGUGGCUACUAUGGUCAAGCUGAUUUUGAUGGAAUUAACAACAUUGAUGGAUCACAGAUGCAUGAAGAUCUUCUAUGCAACUCUUUAGAGCCGCAAUACUUUGACAUGCAGGGUUUUGAUGGAAGUGAAGCACCUUCUUCUUUAUAUGUUUCAGCAGACAUUGAUGCUGAACCUUUAGAUUUCGAUAAUAAUGGACUUCUCUGGCUGCCUCCAGAACCGGAAGAAGACGAAGAAUAUGAACGAGAAAUGUUGUUUGACGAUGAGGAUGAUGAUUACGGGAAUGACAUAGGAGAGUGGGGGUAUGCACACUCACCAAUAAGUAGCUCUGGAAGUGGAGAGUCGUCCCGAAAUAGAGAUAGGUCAUGCGACGAACAGACGACGAUGGGCACAAAGAAAGUAGUUGAUGAACAUUUUAAGGCCCUGGUAGCUCAGCUGUUAGUAGUUGAAAACCUACCAGUUGAAGAAAAUGAUACCAAUAGUUGGUUUGAAAUCAUCACUUCUCUCUCAUGGGAGGCUGCAACAUUACUGAAACCAGAUACAAGCCAUGGUGCGGGAAUGGACCCAACUGGAUAUGUGAAGAUCAAACGCAUAGCAUGCGGCAACCGCAGUGACAGUGUGGUGGUUAAAGGAGUUGUUUGUAAGAAAAAUGUGGCUCAUAGGCGAAUGAAAUCAAAAGUAGAUAAACCUCGUGUGUUGAUCCUUGGAGGGGCGCUUGAGUAUCAGCGUGUUGCCAAUCUCUUGACUAGUGUAGAUACCCUAUUGCAGCAGGAAAUGGAGCAUUUGAAGAUGGCAGUGGCAAAAAUAGCUGCACAACAACCUGAUAUCCUUUUGGUAGAGAAAUCAGUUUCUAGAUAUGCACAAGAAUAUCUUCUUGCACAAGGCAUAUCAUUGGUUCUUAAUGUGAAAAUGCCACUUCUGGAGCGCAUAGCGCGCUGUACGGGAACUCAAAUAGCACCUUCAGUUGAUCAUCUAUCAUCCCUCAAGUUGGGCUGUUGUGAAACAUUUCGAGUGGAAAAGUUUGUUGAAGACCUUGGUAGUGCUGGUCAAGAAGGAAAAAAACCUGCAAAGACGUUAAUGUUUUUUGAAGGCUGUCCUGUCCCGUUGGGUUUCACGAUUUUACUUCGAGGUGCUGAUAAGGAAGAACUGAAAAAGGCAAAGCACGCAAUAAAGUAUGGAGUUUUCGCAGCUUACCAUUUGGCUUUGGAGACAUCUUUUCUUUCUGAUGAAGGAGCCUCGCAGUCAGAAUUAGCUUUAAAUAGUCUAAUACCUGUGCCGGUUCCAGAAAAAUCGCCACUGGUUGCCAGGAACAUCUCAAGUUUCCUCAUUCCUGACAGCGAAAAGUCUCUGGAUCCUGAAUUUGGCACUGAACUACAGAGAGCCAAAAGUGUCUUGCCUGCUGAUCCUAAAGAAACGCUUUUGUCUUAUGGUCCUUAUCCAUCCAUGCCACCCGGUUCAACUACCUUUUACCCAAAUUCAAUGUCCUAUUAUGAAAAGCCUCUCACAGGUGAAGAUAUAAACAAAAUAUCUCUCAUGCAGGGAAAUUCCGUAGUGAACAGUUCUCUGGAAAUUAUAGAUACUCAUCCUCCUCCUUCUCUAAAUGACUGUUGGACUUCGGAUAAAUUUGAUCAUGGCAUCCUCACUGACACACCUCAGAACAGUCACAGCCAAAUGUCCAGAAAACUCAGAGCUUUGGAGCUGUCGCCUUUAGAAGUUGCUCGAAGCCAUUCCAAAGAGACAGAAGCUGUGAAUGAAGAGCAAUUACUUGGUGAAGAAGAAGAGUUUCCGCAAGCACCUUCUGAUGAUGAUCAAAUUAUUUUAGUGUCUAUGUCCUCCCGAUGCGUAUGGAAGGGAACUGUGUGUGAGAGGCCCCGCAUUUUUCGUAUUGCAUACUAUCGCAACUUUGACAAACCCUUGGGUCGGUUUUUGCGGGACUAUUUAUUCGAUCAGAGUUAUCAGUGCAACUUCUGUGAAAUGCCAUCAGAAGCACAUGUGCAUUCUUAUACUCACAGGCAGGGAAACAUCACCAUAUCAGUUAAAAAACUGCCAGAGAUUCUCCUACCCGGGGAAAAGGAUGGGAAGAUCUGGAUGUGGCACAGAUGCCUGAGGUGUCCAAGAAUGAAUGGUUUUCCUCCUGCUACACAUAGAAUAAUAAUGUCUGAUGCUGCUUGGGGUUUAUCAUUUGGGAAAUUUUUGGAACUCAGUUUCUCCAACCAUGCUUCAGCAAGCAGGGUGGCCGGCUGCGGUCACUCUUUACAUAGAGAUUGUCUUCGUUUUUAUGGAUUUGGGAGUAUGGUUGCUUGUUUUCGGUAUGCAUCAAUCGAAAUUCACUCAGUGUAUCUUCCCCCAGUCAAAAUGGAUUUUGAUAGUGGAAAUCAAGAGUGGAUACAAAAAGAGUCAGAUGAGGUGGUUAACCGGGCUGGGCUUUUAUUUUCCGAGGUACAAAAUGCUCUUAGUCAGAUUGAAGACAAAAGAACUAGCUCAACGCCAGUUAAUAGUGGACUUGUAACACCUGAAUCUGGCCACCAAGUUGCUGAACUGGAGAGCAUGUUGCGAAGGGAGAAAGAUGAAUUUGAGGCAGCACUUCAUAAGAUAUUAAACCAGGAAAAGAGAAAGGGUCAACCUGGGGUUGACAUUCUGGAAAUUAAUCGGUUGCGGAGGCAGUUAUUUUUCCAAUCAUAUAUGUGGGACCACCGCCUUAUCUAUGCUGCCAGCUCAGCUAAUUUUAGUAACGAGAGUGAUUUGAGCAGUUCAAAUUCAGAUGACAAGGGCAGAACCAUGGAUGAAAAUUUGAAAAGUGGGAUGUCCAUGCCAGGAGUAGCUUUCAGUAGUGCUGACUGUAUUCUUACGGGUUCAAAGCUCAUGGAAAGCCCUGACCUGCAAAGAGGAGAACCUGGUAGCAAAAUUUCCCAAGCCGAUGACAUAAUUGAUCAAGAAAUUGACAUGACCGGACAUGAGAAAGAGGAUCAUCAAUCUGACCCUUCAAAUUCAAAACUUGGGUUUGGCAUUCGCAGAUCUCUCUCUGAGGGCCAUUAUCAAUCCAUCAUGCCCUGUUUGUCUGAUACGCUUGAUGCAAAAUGGACAGGUGAAGAAGUAAUCCCAAAGGAUAACAUGUCUGUAGCUCUAGAUGAGUUCAUGGCCGAUUCUUUGAGCACAGCUAUACAAAGAGAUCAUGCAGAAGACCACAAUGUGCUCAAGAAUAUGCCCAAAGCACAUGAUAAUAUAAUGGAAGACUCUUUAAGCUGGCUGGGAAUGCCAUUCAUAAACUUCUAUCGCUCAUUUAACAAGAACUUGCAAGCCAGUGGCCCAAAGUUCGAUACACUAGCUGACUACAACCCUGUUUAUGUAUCUUCCUUAUCCUCCUUCCGGGAGAUGGAACUCCAAGGUGAAGCGAGGCUGCUUCUCCCUAUUGGUGUUAAUGACACUGUAAUACCAGUGUUUGAUGAUGAGCCCUCAAGUAUCAUAUCUUAUGCUUUAAUGUCACCAGAAUAUCAUGCCCAACUGAUUGAUGAAGGAGAAAGAACAAAAGAUGGAGUUGAAUCAAUGCCUUCAUUGUACUUUCCUGACUCGGCAAAUUUCACCUCGUUCCUUUCUUCCGAUGAAACAAGUUCUGAUUCUCAGAAAAGCUUCUUCUCCACAGAUGAUUCGUUACCAUCUUUUUCUCCACUGGUAUGUACAAAGGCUAUGCAUCCCAGAGUUUCAUUUGGAGAUGAUGGUCCUCAUAGUAAGGUCAAAUAUUCUGUGACUGUUUACUAUGCUAAGAAGUUUGAUGCCAUGAGAAGGAUUUGGUGUCCUUCGGAAAUUGACUACGUACGCUCCUUGAGUCGCUGUAAAAAAUGGCGAGCUCAAGGUGGGAAGAGCAACGUAUUCUUUGCGAAAACACUGGACGAUCGAUUUAUCAUUAAACAAGUGACCAAAACAGAGCUUGAAUCGUUUAUUAAAUUUGGUCCGGCAUACUUUAAGUACCUUACCGAUUCAAUAGGCUUACCGUGCCCAACAUGCUUGGCAAAGAUUCUAGGAAUAUACCAGGUUACAGUAAAGCAUCCCAAGGGAGGGAAAGAAUCAAAGAUGGAUGUACUGGUUAUGGAGAAUCUUCUGUUUAGGAAGAACGUGAUUCGACUGUAUGAUCUCAAAGGAUCUUCCAGGUCUCGCUAUAAUUCGGAUACUACCGGGACCAACAAAGUUCUGCUGGACCAAAACUUGAUUGAAUCAAUACCAACUUCCCCCAUUUUUGUGGGAAAUAAAGCCAAAAAAUUGUUAUCCAGGGCUGUCUGGAAUGAUACUUCUUUUCUCGCAAGAGUGGGCGUAAUGGACUAUUCGUUACUUCUUGGGAUAGAUCAAGAGCAUCAUCAAUUAGUUGUUGGAAUCAUUGAUUACAUGAGACGUUAUACAUGGGACAAGCAUCUGGAAACGUGGGUAAAAGCUUCAGGCAUCCUUGGAGGACCCAAAAAUGCAGCUCCAACAGUAAUAUCACCCCAUCAAUACAAGGAAAGGUUCAGAAAAGCAAUGAUUGCUUACUUUUACAUGCUUCCAGAUCAGUGGUCUGUUCCACCUAGCAACUCUGAUUUUCAUGAAGACAACACACAAUCUACUUCAGUUGAAUGA